AUGCUAGGCGAACGCUUCACCUCCAGACUCAUCUCCUUGGCCCCCAAUCAGUCGGUUACUAUAUCUUUGGCUGACAAGGCAGAAACAAGCAUAGAUGAACCUUUCCCCAGUAUGGUAGUAGGAAAAACUCGGAGGUCAGCAGGAUGCGAGCCAAGCCAGGAGCCAGGCGCUUUCCUCAGGGCCAGCAGUCCCUCCGCUGAGAGUGUUGACUGCAGUAGAUGCCCGAGCACCUGCGGAAGCUUCCCCUCCCACUGGGACCUCUCGGAAGACUUUCUCCCUGAGCGCUCAGAAUCAACUCUCAGUAGGAAUUAUUGGCAGGCGGGGACUCAAUACCCAAAGGAGAAGGAAGAUUCUGUUUCCAAAAUCUCCCAGCUCACAGGGGUUACUCCUGGCUCUGUGCUCAGGAAUCACUCCUGGAACAGCCCGGCCCUGCACCCCCAGCUCGGCAUGCUGGCCCAGAGGAGGGACGCCGUGACCCACCGGGUCCUCUCCGCCAGGCUGCACAAGAUCAAGGAGCUGAAGAAUGAGCUGGCGGACAUCACGCGCAGGCUGGAGGCCACCAUCAUCGAGAACCAGUUCCUGAAACAGGUUCAGUUCCGGCACCUGAAAGCCAUCGGCAAGUACGAGAACUCGCAGAACAAUCUGCCGCAGAUCGUGGCCAAGCACCAGAACGAGGUCAAGAACCUGCGGCAGCUGCUGAAGAAGUCGCAGGGCAAGGAGAGGAGCGUGGUUCGGAAGCUCCGGGAGACCGACCAGGAGCUGCUCAAGACCAAGGAUGCCCUGCUGGGCCUGCAGCGCCUCUCGGAGGACAAGAACCUGGCGGAGCGCGAGGAGCUGACCCAGAAGCUGUCUGCCCUCACCGCCAAGCUGGAGGCGAACGACAAGAAGAUACAGAGGCUGGAAAAACAACUGAGGCUGAACAACAAAGCCUUCAGCCAGCAGCUGGCCACGGAGAACCGGAAGUGUCUGGCUGCUCAGACAACCAGCAAGACGCUGCAGAUGGAAAUGAAGCGACUCCAACAAAAACUUAAGGAGAAGGAGCGGGAGUUGGAGAUCAGAAACAUCUAUACCAACCGGAUUCUGAAGAACUUAUGCGAGCCUCAAGACGAUCUGAAAGUUUCUUCUACAAAAGCAACCCAGGUGGACAAGAAAAGUUACCCGCUUGUGAUGAUGAAACACCAGGAGACCCAGAAAUCCUACGAUGUGCCAGCUGUGACAGCCAAGGCGAAAAAGAAAGUAGGAAGCUCCGGUCCUAAGGAGAAAGCGGCAGCCAGCGCCUGCCCCACCCCGCCCAGUGCCAGCAAGCACCCCAGCCAGGAGGACCCCAGGAGAAGACACCACGAUCCAGCCUGGGGACAGGAGCCGGCGGGGACGGAGGUGCCCGCGUCCCUGGACAGUGCUGGGAGACUGGGAGACAGGGCCGCUCCCGAGAAGGGCGCGGCGAGGACCCCCGAGCAGGAGCUGCCCGCGAAGUGCCUCCCGGCGGCCGGCCCGGAGCAGGAGCGCGAGCGUGACCGAACACCGGAGAGGGAGCGCGAGUGGACACCGGAGAGGGAGCGCGAGCGGGCACCGGAGAGGGAGCGCGAGCGGGCACUGGAGCGGGAGCGGGCACUGGAGCGGGAGCGGGCACCGGAGCGGGAGCUGGCAACGGAGCGCGAGCGGGUACCGGAGCGCGAGCAGACAGCAGAGGCGCCCCCCGAGCCGUCGGCGCCCCCCAGGAGCCGACCCCCACUCCGGCCACGCAAGCACUACUCCUUCACGGAGGUGAUUGAGAACUUGCACCACGGGCUGCCGGCGGCGGGCGCCGGGGUGGGUGCAGGACCCCGGCCCGGCCGCCCGCGUGCGCGCCCGGACGCGGCCACCUGCGCCUACGAGCCGUCGCUGGGCCGCGCGCGCCGCGCGCUCCGGGACAGGAAGAGCAGCCUGAUGGAGGAGCUGUUCGGGGCCCCCGGCCAGCCGCCCCCCGGCCAGGCCCCGGCCAACAACGCCUUCGGGGACUCCAGAGUGACCAUGCCCGACUCGGUGCCGUCGCCGUCCCCCCCGGAGGGCAAGAGGAAGAUAAUCAUCUAA